UGAGCACGCAAUAAGUACCAGAAAUCUUAUCAGUUCUGGUUAUUCUUUUUUUCACUGCAUCCCGUCCGUCGUCGCCAUCUCCAACGCACACGCAUCGCCAUAAUCAAACCAUAGAUAGCUCACGCCAUCUCGACUCAUGCCUCCGUUAAACUUGCAAGGACUCAAUCUCGUUCAUUCAGCUUCUGCUACACCACACAACGACGACUCGUUAGCAUCCCCGCCUUUCCCUGACUUCUCAGCCCACCUUGACUUGUGGACAAACCUUGCAUUCGAAACCGAUGAGCCUAUUGCUCACAACAAGGGAAAGAGAAAGGCAGUCGACGACUCAGAAGAAGACGCCGGUUCUCCUCUAGGUCUCCCCACGCACGACAGCCAUGAAAACGUAGUGCACCCUCCGAGCACGACCAUCAUCCCCCAUUCCGAUGCGCAUGCGCAACAGUUUGAUCUGAACGCGCUAUUAGCUGGAUUUGGCAUCGACCCAUUCUCACUCCCGCAAUCAGUGCCUGCGCCCGCGGAGAAUGUGCCGGCUGCGCCUUCACUCGCGCAACUCCUUGCUUUGCAUACUGCUCAAGGAGGGACUUAUGCAGUGCCUCCCCCUCCCCCUGUCGUGCAUGCCCAGCCUGCUUCCCAAUCUGCUAAUAAGCGAGCUCGCACGUCCAAAAACUCUACGCCUACAGAGGCAUUCGACCCUUCGUCCCCGUCGUCGCCCACUGCCGAAGACACGCCAGGUGAUUCCACCAAUCCUCUAUCCGCUGCGGAAGACAAGCGUCGUCGGAAUACCGCGGCUAGUGCGCGAUUCAGGUUGAAGAAGAAGGAGCGGGAAGCUGCACUUGAGCGACGGGCAAAGGAGCUUGAGGAGCGUGUUACUGAGCUGGAACGCGAGUGCGAGGGGCUGCGGAGGGAGAAUGGGUGGUUGAAGGGGCUUGUGGUGGGCGUGACGGGUGCUGGUGCCAAAUAGGAGGACAAGGAACGGCGUCGCGCUGCUAGGCGACAAUCUUUCAGAGAGUGCGCGCUCCGCCGGAGGCUUUUUGCCAUAUCCCUUCGCGAGGUGAUGGGAAGGCAUUGUUCAUGGAUCUGGUUCUCGGAGCUUGACCUUCUUAUCACACGAGACGUUGGUGAGGAUGGAGCACCAUGAAGGGACCACGAAGUUUUUUCAACCAGAUGUAUUGUUAUCGAUAAUUUUUGAACUGUUUGAAUUCUUUUUCCUGUGUAGACAGACGGUUUCACGAACUUCCUACUGGGCACGUAGCAUACAAAUUUGCUUAGUCUACUUGGCGUGUCGGUAUGCCAAGAUGGUGGUUUUCUUAUCAUUGGAAGGCGUGGAUUGUGCUCUGGUCGUGUGAUUGCGGCCGACAGCGUGGCGUAUCGAGUCUUUGGUAUAGGUGUUUAUUUGGUAUUGUUGAAUCGUUGUCUGCGUGC